GAAAAUGGAAAAAAACAGAAAAGAAAAGGAAAACUCUUACUAACACGGAAAUGGCACAGUUGCUUAAUUUAGUCCAAGCGAGAGGAAUUAGAAGGGCAUUUUUGGUAAUUAAAGACAGAACAGGCCACUGCAACAAGCAAGCUCUCCACUUCCCCUCCAUUAGCUGCGGUACGAUUUGCUUUAAAAUCUAUCUCCAAACAGUCCAAACAGUACCGAAGAAAAAAAAGCUUUAGCUGCAGCGACAGUCAAGUGAGCAAUAGUGAAGUUAUCUAUUUAUAAGCCAUCUUUUGGAAGGGUUUGAUAUUGCUUUGAAGAAAUGCUCGUGUCUGCUUUACUCACAUCUGUGGGAAUAAAUUCCGGCCUUUGUGUAUUGUUUUUCAUAUUGUAUUCGAUAUUGAGGAAACAGCCAAGUAAUUAUGAAGUUUAUAUACCACGCUUGCUUGCUGAGGGGAAUUCUAAGCGGAGAACUGGUUUCAACCUAGAAAGACUAAUACCAUCUCCUGGUUGGGUGAAAAGGGCAUGGAAGCUAUCUGAAGACGACCUCUUGUCAACAUCUGGCUUAGAUGCUGUCGUCUUUAUGCGUGUUAUAACCUUUAGUUUAAGAGUUUUUUUGUUCGCUGGGGUUAUUGGGAUAUUUGUUCUUCUCCCAGUUAAUUGCACAGGAGAUCAGCUAAACGAUAUUGAUUUUGCUGAUUUGUCAAACAAUUCUUUGGAUUUGUUUACCAUUUCAAAUCUAGAAAGUGGCUCAAAAAGGUUAUGGGCUCACUUUUCUGCUGUGUAUCUUGUCACUGCAUUUGUUUGCUAUCUACUCUAUUAUGAAUAUAAAUAUAUAACUGCUAAAAGGAUUGCUUAUUUUCACUCAACCAAACCUCAGCCUCAUCAAUUCACCAUCUUAGUACGCAGUAUACCUGUUUCUGCUGGGAGCAGUGUUAGUGAGAGUGUUGAAAGAUUUUUUUUGGAGUAUCAUCCUUUCACAUACCUGUCACAUAUGGUUGUUCAUCGAACAAGUAAACUUCAAAGUCUCAUUAAAGAUGCAAAAAAAUUGUAUAAAAGGCUUACCCACUUACAAUCAGAUCCCAAUCAGCAGAAGUAUAGGCAUAUUGGGUUGUUUGGACGCAAGUUUGAUCUGGUGGAUCAUUAUGGAAAGAAAUUAGAGGACAUAGAGGAGAAUCUGAGAUUAGAGCGGUCUGAAGUUUCAUUGGCAGCAGAAGAAGUUGGAGCAGCUUUUGUCUCUUUCAAGACUCGUUAUGGUGCUGCAGUUGCUUUCCACAUGCAACAAUCAACUAAUCCAACACAGUGGGUCACAGAACAAGCUCCUGAGCCGCAUGAUGUCUACUGGCCUUUCUUUUCAUCGUCGUUCAUGAAAAGAUGGCUUUCUAAGAUUGUUGUUAUUGUUGCAUGUAUUUUCCUGACAAUUCUAUUCCUUAUUCCUGUUCUGGUUGUGCAAGGUCUUACUAACCUUAAUCAGUUGGAAAUUUGGUUUCCAUUCUUGAAAAGCAUUCUGACCAUAACGUUCAUCAGUCAGGUAAUUACAGGGUAUCUUCCCAGCCUUAUACUUCUGUUGUUUCUUAAGAUUGUGCCACCGAUAAUGGAAUUUCUUUCCUCCAUUCAAGGAUACAUCUGUCACAGUGAUAUUGAGAAAAGUGCAUGUAACAAAGUGCUCUGGUUCACAAUAUGGAAUAUAUUUUUUGCAACUGUAUUUUCUGGAUCAGUUUUAUAUCAGGUUUCUAUCAUCCUUGAACCAAAGAAUAUUCCUGCAAGGCUCGCUGUUGCUGUUCCUGCACAGGCAUCUUUCUUCAUUGCUUAUGUCGUAACAUCUGGAUGGACGAGUGCCUCAUCAGAACUUUUUCGCAUAAUUCCUUUUAUUUGGAGUCUUAUAAGAAAACCUUUCAGUUGUUGCUCAGAUGAAGAAAUUGAAGUUCCAGCUAUUCCUUACCACAGAGACCUUCCAAGAAUUCUUUUUUUUGGACUUCUUGGAAUUACAUAUUUCUUCCUUGCACCAUUAAUUUUGCCCUUCCUCUUGGUGUACCUCUGUCUUGCUUAUGUAAUCUAUCGCAACCAGUUUAUAAAUGUAUAUGCACCUAAGUAUGAGACCGCUGGGAAAUUUUGGCCUAUUGUGCACAAUUCGAUGAUAUUUUCUCUUGUACUUAUGCAAGCUAUUGCAGUGGGAAUCUUUACGCUGAAGAAGCUCUCUUUAGCAUCAACUUUAGUUUUUCCUCUUCCUGUCCUCACGCUUCUCUUCAAUGAGUACUGCCGGAAACGUUUCUUGCCAAAUUUCAUUGCUUACCCUGCUGAGGUUUUGAUAAAGAGAGACAGGGAAGAUAGAAAUGAUCCUACAAUGGAAGAAUUCUAUGAUAACUUAGUGACUGCCUAUCAGGAUCCAGCCUUGUUGCCAAUUCAGUUUUCUCCAAAUGCUGACAGUCUUAAUAGCCCUCUUAUAUCAGCUGCCGAAGUUCGACAUUAAGGUUGUUAGCGUAUUUUUGGAUGUUUAGAUGAAGUCUACUUAUUGUCUGGAUCCUCAUUGUACCUAGUUCAUUACUUUCAGAUCAAGAUGGAGAGCAGAAUCAUAUUGCCAAUAGCUGAAGGUCCAUCUCCUGCACAGGCUAAAACUUUUAUAGUCAUGUUAUACUUGAAUUCACUGCUGUUCAGGCAUCUCAUAUCACCAUUGUAUCAUCACAAAGUUGAGACAAAUAGGAAGUCAUCCUCGCUGCGCAGUCACGAUUACCUGGUAUCUCCAAAAUAGUUGAAUUACAAGGUAGAUGAGAUUAUAGCAUGGUAUCUAAAGGAAAAUCUCAAAACUAGCAACUCAUUUGUUUCCACACAUACUAUAGUCACUCAGAUUUAGUUUAACUUUAUUCAACUUAUGAUACUAUCAUAGUGAAUGAAUAGAUUUGUUCUUAUAAUAAGGUAAAAACAUCUUGGGGUCUAUUUAGGGUGUGAGUUAGGGGUAUCUAGGGUGUUUGGCAUUAGAGAAAGUCAAACCUGAACUCUCUCCUAUCUUUUUAGCUUUCUGCAUAAUUUAUUAUUUGUUAUUUGUUUUGCGAAAUUUUUCAAGUGAAAAUGCUAGAGACAAAGGCAAGAGUUCAUUCUUCAUUUAACCUUAAUCCAUACGGUCAUUGAAAGGUGAAAAGCUCUUCUUUUCAUCUUCAUUUACCUUUAUGAAA